CUACAAAACCUGGAAACUUUGCUCUAGUCCUAUCAAUUGGUUUGCUCUAGUGCUAUCAAUUGGGGUGCUCUCUUGCAGAGAUUCAGGACUCCCUAUAUAGACAUGGCGUUGCUUAUCAAUUCCGACCCUUUACAAUGGACGCAGUGUGGAAGGCUGUUUAUAGUAUUAAAUCUAAUGCUGCCGAUCACGACAAAACAUCUCUAAUUCCAGAGGAGGGGACCACUUUCAUUUACUAACAAACCUAACAAACUUGAUCGCCAUCGGACUGAAACUAUUGUAAGAACUUCGCUUUUCCAACAGUAAAUUAUCAUUUACGAUGUCAUAUGUGAGUUCCACAAGCUCAUCAAAUAUACGUAGAGUGCAUUUUUAGAGCUGUGCAAAGAUUUGAAGAAACUGACCCACAAAUUUAAUGACCUUGAAGAUAUUUUUAGCAACAGUUACCAUCACUGGGAAGCAGCCGUGAAGAUGUUACUUCAUCCUAACCCAAUUGUUGGUCUUUGGUUUCAACGGUUUAGAAGGUCAGAUCGAAUGGGACUUCCUGUCACACCCAGCGCACUCACCCGAUAUGGCGCCUUCUGAUUACUACUUGAUCAGAUCCAUGCAGCAUGGCUUGACUGGCACGCGGUUUCGCAAUGUUGAAGAAGUGCGAAAAUGGAUCGAUGAUUGUAUCAUUCCCAAACCAAUAUCGUUCUUUCAACGCUGCAUAGUCAUGUUGCCGCAAAGUUGGGAAAAAGUUAUAGAAAAUGGUGGAAAAUAUUUUGGUUAAGGUAUAUUGUCCUAAAUUUUCGCAAUAAAUGCCAUUUUCAAAUGAAAAAGUUCUUAAAAUUAAUGCAAGCACGUAAUAUUUAUAAUCAUUACCUUAUAUACGGCAACAUACCUGCAACACUAGUUGCUUUUAUAUAUACAUGCAUACAUAGUUUGUUGUGUUAUUUAUGCAACCUAGCGACUUUCAGUUGCCUGGCGACUUCUUCAGUAGACACGAAUCUACGCAAAAAAAAAAAAAAAAAAAAUUGUCAUAAACCACAACACACCACUCUUUCAAAGACAAGUCUUGGACUGUUUCGGAAAUUAUUAUUAAGAAUUAGUUUUCUAUUUUUUAAAAAUAAAUUUUUAUUUAUUUAUUGUCUUUUUCAAAAUGUCCUUUAAGGAGGUUCGAGACUUAGCUGAGCAUUUAAAACUAUUGGGUUAUCCUCAUCCGUUUCCAUUGCAAGCUUUAUCCAGUAAUUUUGGCUGCUUGGCGUCAUUCUAUGUUGUGGCUGAAGUUAUCCAAUGGUUGGCUGGUCUUUUAGAACCGGGUAUCACCUUAGCGGGUAACAUUCAUACGCAAGAAGAACGCGUUUUACUUAUACGAUCUGGUACGGAAUUUUUUGUCACAAAAUCCGCAGUCAAACUGAAUCCAAGAAAAUUGUACGCCGCCUCUGCCGUAACCGCAGCUGAAUUGCAAAAAAUUACCCGUCUCCUUAUAGCUCCCGAAGCGAUUGAUAUCAGUGCUGAUGAAGAGAAUUAUCAUAGUUUAAAUCAAGUUGACAUUGGUGAUAAAAUGAACGAUUUAAGAAAGGCUCGUGAGCUCUCUUCGGAACUUACCCAACGCGGUGCUAUAUUGCAUGAUCUGUUGUUAAAAGAAGUGCGUAAUAAAGAGAUUAGAUUAUCACAAACCAAUCGACACCUCGAAUUGUCCGGUGUAGAGAGAACUUUAAAAAAUGCUAUAGCGUCCGCUCAACUAAAGUUACAAUCAAAUCGGGCUCAGCUAGAGAAUGCUCGCAUUGAAUUGAACGCCCUUAAUUCCAAAUUGCAGCGUAAAAGGGCGGAAUUGGAUAGAACUAAACAGCGUUUGGAAGCCUUGCAAAAGAUACGUCCUGCCCAUAUGCAAGAGUUUGAGGAAUAUGAAAAGGAGUUGAAAAUACUAUUUCAACAUUAUUUCCUACGUUUACACGUUAGAGAUGCUUUGAAGGCUCAAUUUGAGGCGAGAACAAAGAGAGCUACGCCGGCUUCGUCGCCAAUAUUACAAAAACCAGCUGAGAAUUCAAUUCCAUUUCUACCGGAAGGUCUAUUGGCGGACGACGAUGAAGAUGUAGAUGACGAUGAACCUCAAUUAGAAGAUGGAGUGCCUUUCGGUUUAGAUGCCGAAACAUCUGAUGUACGUGACGAAGAUAUGACCGUAAGUAAAACUCAUCAUCGUUUCACUGAAAAAAGACCAGGAACAGCUACAAUAACUAACGUUCGUGGUCGUAAGAAUGCUACCGCUACAAUAAAACGUGGAAAAGAGCGUCCUAGUUGUGAACGCCGCAAGGAUAAUGAAUACGAAGACAGUUCUUUCGGCAGUUCCGAUAGUGAACUCGAUAUGGCCGAAAUCUUGGGUGAAAUUGGCAGUAAUCGCACUGCCGGGCUCGGUGUUAUAUCCAAGUCAAAUUUAAAUGAGCUAGAGGACGAUGAUGAUUUUGAUUUAAAUUCAAUGGAAAGCAUAAGCAUUUCAAAAAUCACGGGAGAUUUACCGCUACGACCAAAGACUGCUGCCAAACCUGAACAUCACAGUGAUGAAGACUUUUAAGUGAAAAUUUUGAAAAUGUAUUUUAUUAAUAUUAUUUUUAAUAAUAUAGAGACGAUAAAAUUUUCUUAACAAUACAUAUAUAGUACAUAUGCUUG